AUGUCUAAUGACACUGCCCUUACGCUUGAGCUCAACGCACUUACUCAACCCCUCUACUAUCGAUUAGGAAGUCUGGUAAGACAAGCAGAUGCACACCCAGACACCCUUGUGACCUUGAUCAUUGGCACAGGUAGAGUCUUCUCAGCAGGUGCGGAUCUACAAGCCCGCCCUGCAACUGCAGCGAGCUCCACCGAGGAUGAACCACGGAAAGCCUGGCUCUCUGCACUUGUCAACAAUACAAUCGAUGUUCCCAGCGCGUUCUUCACACACUCGAAGAUUCUCAUUUGUGCUCUGAACGGGCCCGUCCUUGGGUUGUCAGCUGCUCUUGUCUCACACUCGGACUUCAUCUAUGCUGCUCCAGGAGCAUAUCUGCUCACCCCCUUUGGGUCUUUGGGCCUUGCUUCCGAAGGUGGCGCUAGCGCUGCGUUUAUACGGAGGUUGGGAUUUGGUCUGGCUAACGAGGCACUGCUGAAGGGCAGAAAAAUCAGACUUGAUGAGCUGAAAGCAGCGGGCUUUGUUAAUACCGUCGUGGAAGGAAAGGAUGAUUCGGACUUCAGGGCCUUGGUUCUAGAGGAUAUUCGAAACUCCUUUGGGGCACACCUGGUCCCUUCGAGUGUCAUAGAAAUAAAGCGGAUCAUGCGACGAUCGCUUAUUCGGGAACAAGAGAGCCUGGCAUUGGAUGAAUUGUUUACCGGUGUCAAUCGUUUCGCUGAGGGUAUUCCGCAAGCGGAGAUGAAGAAGAUCGUCACUGGUGAGAAGAAACACAAAUUGUAA